AUGAGAUCUUUGAAACCGGUCAAGUGAAACCAGUGUGAUCACGUGACCUAUAUACUGCCCUUUACAACGUGGAAAAGAUGGCUAAUCAAACAUCUCUGAAAAGCGGUGUCGUCAAAUCGGUUUUGUCUGGUGAUGCAGUGAUCAUCAGAGGGGUACCAAAGGGUGGGCCACCACCAGAGAAACAACUUUGUUUAUCAAAUGUGACUGCUCCGAAGCUUGCAAGACGAGCAAAUCCAAAUGUAAAGGACUCUCAAGAAACUAAGGAUGAGCCUUACGCCUGGCAAGCAAGAGAGUUCUUACGUAAGAAAUUGAUAGGAAAGGAAGUUUACUUCACCAUCGAGUAUACAGCCCCAGGGUCAGGAAGAGCUUAUGGCUGCAUCUAUCUUGGUAAAGGAGGAAAUGCUGAGAACGUGACUGAAUCUUGUGUAGCCGAAGGCCUGGUAGAGGUCCGACGUGGAGGGAUCAAGCCAAGCGACGAUCAGACUCGUCUGAUUGACAUUGAGGAUGCAGCAAAGGCUGCUGGGAAGGGACUAUGGGCAAAGGAACAGAGCCCAGAUGCCGUUAGAGAUAUUACAUGGGUUAUAGAUAAUCCACUUCAUUUUGUUGACUCUCAUCAUCAAAAUCCAAUCAAAGCUAUCAUUGAACAUGUACGAGAUGGUUGCACUGUGAGGGCAUUCUUGCUUCCUUCAUUCCAUUACGUUACAGUUAUGCUGUCUGGCAUUAAGGCACCAAUGAUAAAGCGGAUUGAGGAUAAGGAUGUACCGGAACCAUACUCAGAAGAAGCCAAGUACUUCACUGAAUCAAGACUAUUACAACGUGAAGUGUCGAUCAUUCUAGAGGGUACCUCAAAUCAGAACUUUCUUGGAGCUGUUCUCCAUCCAAAUGGCAACAUUGCUGAGUUUUUGUUAAAAGAAGGACUUGCCCGUUGUGUUGAUUGGAGCAUGCGUGUUGUAACACAAGGAACAGAGAAACUCCGCGCAUCAGAAAAAGAAGCGAAAGAGAAGCAUUUACGUUUGUGGAAAGACUAUGUCCCAAACAUAGCAACUGUAGUUCCAAUUGAAGAGAAGAAUUUGACUGGCAAAGUUGUAGAAGUUAUCAACGCAGAUGCAUUACUCAUCAAAACCAAUGACUCCAAGUACAAAAAGAUAACAUUGUCAUCUAUUAGGCCACCUCGCAUGGCAGAUGUCAAGGAGGAAGACCAACCUAAGGAUCGCCGUGUUCGGCCAUUGUAUGACAUCCCAUAUAUGUUCGAAGCCCGUGAGUUCUUGCGCAAGAAGUUGAUUGGGAAGAAGGUGUCUGUGUCAAUUGACUAUAUCAAGGAAGCUAAUGACAGCUACCCAGAGAAGACUUGUGGUACUGUCAUGAUUGGCAACAUUAACAUUGCCGAAGCACUUGUGAGUAAAGGUUUUUCAACGGUGCUUCGUCAUCGUCAAGAUGAUGAUCAGAGGUCAGCGCACUUUGAUUCGCUCUUGAUUGCAGAGUCAAGAGCCAUAAAAAACAGUAAAGGUGUUCACAGCAAGAAGGACAACCCAAUACAUCGUGUUGCUGAUGUUUCUGGGGAUGCGGCGAAAUCACGACAAUUUCUUCCAUUUUUACAACGUGCUGGUCGCUCAACUGGCAUUGUGGAAUUUGUUGCAAGUGGUUCAAGAAUUCGACUCUACUUACCCAAGGAGACUUGUCUGAUUACAUUCCUUCUUGCAGGUAUUACUUGCCCUCGUAGGGCACGCACUGGCCCCGGUGGCCCAGGGGAAAGUGAAUUGUACGCAGAGGAAGCAUUGCAGUACACUAAAGAAUUAUGUCUUCAACGUGAGGUGGAAGUUGAAGUUGAAAAUGUUGAUAAAGCUGGAAAUUUCAUUGGCUGGUUGUUUGUCGAAGGUCAAAACCAUUCUGUGAAGUUGGUUGAGAAUGGUUUGUCCAAGGUUCAUUUUACAGCAGAACGCUCCAAUUACUACGCACAACUACAAGUUGCUGAGGAAGCUGCCAAGAAAACCAAGUUGAAGGUUUGGGAAAACUUCGUCGAGCAGCCAAAAGUGACUGUUGUUGAAGAAACAGAGCGAAAGACAAACUACAAGCCAAUUAUUGUCACAGAGUUAGGAAAAGAACUCAGCUUCUAUGCACAACAUACUGACACUGGUCCACAACUUGAAAAACUGAUGGAGCAAUUGCGAGCUGAGCUAAUUAAUGACCUUCCGUUACCAGGAUCCUAUACCCCAAAGCAAGGCGAUCUAUGUGCAGCGAAAUAUAUUGAUGGCGAGUGGUACCGUGGUAAGGUUGAGAGCGUCUCCAAGGAUAAGUCAUCAAUCCUUUUCAUUGAUUAUGGAAAUAGAGACAAAUUAGCCAAUGCUGACCUUGUUGCAUUGCCUCCUGGAUACCACACCCUUCCACCACAAGCACAUAGCUACACUCUAGCUUUGGUCAUGCUACCAAAAGAUGAAGAAGCUAGAUUAGAGGCUGUUGAAGGAUUAAAGAGCCGGAUUUUGGAUCAACAGUUUAAGGUCAACGUUGAAUACCGCAUCACUGGUACCGAGUAUGUCACUUUAAUGACACCUGAUUUGCGCACCGAUAUUGGCAAAGAGUUAGUUUCAGAAGGAUUGGUGAUUGUUGAGCCGCGACGCGAGAAGCGCCUACAAAAGCUUGUUGAAGAAUACAUCAAAGCUCAGGAUGCAGCCAAGAAGAGCCAUUUGAAUCUGUGGCGCUAUGGUGACAUCACUGAAGAUGAUGCUAAGGAAUUUGGUUACCAAGGAUACUAACAUUAAGAAUGAACUUGCUGGUAGAGCUCUCUCUUGACAGACAGACAUCACACAAUGAAAUCCCUUAUUAUUUUUCAUGAGUUAUAUCAAAUUGUUUUAACAAGAUUUAAGAUGUGUUUUCCUAUAAAUCAAAUAUUCUUAAUAUUUAAUUAAUUCUACAAGACAAUUAAAGAUAACUAUGUUAUAAAUUUCAUUUAAUUUGCUGUAUUGAUUCAUACACGUGGAAUCUUUACUUGGAUUUGUAUCAAUUUUAACCUGUCUGUUAAGAAAAGUGUGGCCAGCAAUUUAAAACAAGAAUCCACAUAAGUUGAAGAUAGUGUGAAAUUAACCAAUUGUACGUCAAAGAUAGGAAUGAAAGAAUGAAUGAAAGGUAAACCUCAUUUCAAACUGAAACAGAAGAGUAGUUAUGACAAAUGAAUGUUGGUCAGGGCAUUCACUGUGCACGACGGUCGUCAGCCGAUGCCAUUCUACUAAGAACGCAACAUGACGACGGGUAUACAAAGGAUCGAUUUUAAUGAUGAUCAGCCAGCAGACGGCAUCACGUCGUCUAUAGACCCACAUAGAGUGGAAUUAGAAUAAUCAGCAGACAGUCGUACGAAGCAGUGAGAGCCAGACUUAAAUAAACAGUGCAAGUUAUACUUAAUAAGCUAUAACAUCUCAAACUAUAUGAAAAAAAACAAACUUGCUGAUACUCAGUUGUGAUUAAAAACAAAAGUGGUAGCCUUUUUAAAUCAUGUUUUAACAAAUUAAGUUGAUAAUGAUAGCUUUUAAAUUAUAAAUUCACUGAAAUGUGGACAAGUAAACUGAUACAAUAUUUAAAGAGAUUUUCAUUUAUAUUUUAAAUAAUAUACUAAAGCUCUGUCCACACUAUCAAAUACCUGUGUUUUGCUCGCACAUGGGUAUGAUGUCAUCAUUGUGGUUAUGAUGUCAUCAUGCUCAUAUGAGGCAUGUUAUUCAAAAACCAGUGUACUGUCGCUAUAUAUUAAACCGAGUAAUUAACAUAAUGUGGCAGUAUUGUGUACUUUAGUACAGAGAAGCUGUAAUACUUUUACUCAUAAUUUUGGCAAUAUUAAGUCAAUUCCAGAAAAUCAUCCAUCAUUUUAAAGCGUAUAAUGUGGAUAAUAUGAUUUAAAAGUCGAUUUUGGUUUUUUUUUUUUUUUUUUGAACAUAGAUGCUGGUUUUGGGAUGGCAUUCCCCAUAUGAGCAAUUCACUCAGUUUGAAUCUGGUUUGCCUAGUAAAAUGUCUGCAGUUUGAAUAUAUAGACAGAACUUUUGCUUUUUUCAAAGGAUAUAAUUAAUAGUUUUAAAAAGAAUAUUAAGAAGAAUUAAAAGAAUAUUAUAUAUAAUAUAUAUAUUACCGAUAACAAUGCAUUAAUUUUAACUGAAGUGUUAAUUUGGUUAUUAACAUGCAAUUUUUUUGGACAAUGAAUUUACAUUUAUCCUGUUGGCAAUACUUGGAUAAUUAAAUGAAUCAGUUUUUACUUCCAAAAGUACCUAGAGUAUUCCAUAGGUGUCAUUACUGUAUUUUAUGAGUUAUUAUUCACUGUGCUUCCAAGGAUGUCAGAACUAUAAAUAAAUUGAACCUUGCAAGAAAUCUAUUUGUAAAUUCAAACUGUAGGUUGGAAUAAAUGUGAAAGGAAAUAA